GUCUAAAUAUGUCAAUAUCAUUUUUUAAAUGUGUGUUGAAAAGCGCUUUCAAAGAUUUUCUGAGAAUCAAUGCGUAUGAAGUAUCGGCUAAUAUGUGAUGUAAUUUUUGGGUUUGACUAAAAACAUGUAGGAGGUUUUUUUUGCUUCCAACAGCUGUAAGAGAUUGGUUUUUAGCCGUAUUAAAGUUGAAUCUUUGUUUACUUCUUCUCUUUUUGAGUUUGUUUUUUUGUGAUUGUGUCUUUUUGUGUCUCUAUUCUUGAAAAAUGGCAAUUUGACUUAAUUAAUUUACACUUUUUUCUUCCUCAUCAUUAUCUCAAUCAUUCCAACAAAUCAAUUUGUUACAUUUUUUUCACUUUUGCAAAUCAUAAAUCACUUAAAUAACUCGAUUAAAAUGUAACAAAUGUUGUUACAUUGAUACACUGUUUUGCCUACAACCAUCAUCUCCAGUUGUUCAUCUUCAAUAACUUCUCAUUCGAAUGAGUUAAUUUUUUUCUUCUAUCUUUUACUCUUUGUGUAUCUUGGAUUUUCUUGACUGGAUGCUUAAAGUAUUGGCUCGUUUUAAGUGUUUAUCUAUCGAUUCACUUCUUUUUUGGAUAACCUUUGUGUUUGUAUGUUCAUUCUUAUUAUAACUCUUAUCUGGAAAAGUCCGAUUUUUUCAUUAGAUGGAAAAAAAUUCAAUGAAAAGGUCUCGAGGUAAUAAGUUUUGGUGCUUAUGGCAAGCCUCUAACGAAAUAAAUUAUCCAAACAAUAGACUUGGUUGGAAUGAUACUCUCUACAGACGUUUAUACUCAACGAUAAAAAAAACUCGAACCGGAUUAAUUGAUCCAGAAAGAAAAUCUAAACGAGGUUUAUUUUCUAAUACAUCAUCUUCACACAGUUUAUCUUCAUAUUCAUCACCAUUAACAUUAAAUUCAUCCUCAAGCUCUUCUCUGUCUUCAUCUGUAACUACUUCAUCUUCUAAUUCUCACGGUGGAAUAUUCAAUCUUAGUUUUACCCCUGAUGGAUCUCUUUUGUUAGCAGCCACCGAAGGAAAGGCUAUCCUUGCCUAUGAUCCUUUCACUCACCAAUUAGUUAAAACAGUUCCAAAUGCCCAUGAUGCUGCUCUCAAUUACAUCAAAUUUUUAGAUGAUCGCCUUUUUGCAACAUGUUCAGAUGACUGUACCAUAGCCUUAUGGGAUUUAAGAAAUCUUUCAUCUAAAUUAAGAACGCUUAGAGGACACGCAUAUUGGGUUAAAAAUGUUGAAUAUGACACACGGACACGAACUUUACUCAGCUCUGGUUAUGAUGGAUGCAUUUAUAUGUGGGAUAUAAAUAAAUAUGAUUCAACUUCAUUUGACCAUGGACCAAAUGGAAAUCCUAUACAUUUCACAAAACCACUGUUUCUUUCUUGUCUUAUGAGGAUGAGGUUAACUCAUGAUAGUUCAAAAAUGAUAAUUUGCACUUCGGAGGGUUACAUCAUGGUAAUUCAUGACUUGAAAUUGGAAAAACUGGAAAAGGAUCUUAGUGGUUUUCAAUCUGAUUUAUACCGACUCAUGCAAAAGCGGCAUUCAUGUGGAUUUGAUUUUGGUUCAUGGUUUAAUCCAUUGUUUAGUGCUCGACGAAAUCGAAUUGAAUUAAUAUCUGACUUUCCUCCCAACAAUGAAUCACAUUCUAUUUUUUCUCUCGAUGUACAUCCUCAUAAUUGGUCAAUCAUAUCUCGUAAUAUAAGCAGGGAUGAAAAUUCUGAAUGGACUUGUGUCCACGAUAUUCAAGGUGAUAAAUGGCCAUACGAGACUGUUCCUAUUGAUGUGCCCAAACAAGGCAUAUUUGUCAGCCAUCCCAGUUCUCGAGUAACCAUCAUGUCAACCAAUUUAACCUCAGACAUAAAUGAAUCAGCAUCCAGUGGAUCAAACACAAGAAACAUUGCUCAAACACUUAACAGUCGCAUUACCAGUAAUGCAGUUCAGUCAUCACCAACAGCAACGUCUUCCUCGCUAUCUUCAACCUCAAAUACAUCAUCAACCACCGCCACAACAACAACAGCAAUUAAUAAUACAUCUUCAUCAACAUCCUACAGUUCAUCUGUGUCUGAUCUUCAUGUUAGUCCUGUUGUCAUAAUUAGUGCUAGAACUUUGAACCGUCGUGCUCAUGCAACCAUUUUAGCACCAAAUGCUAGUUAUCGUCAAAUAGAACCCGGAACUCCAGAUCCACCGAGAAUCUAUCGUAAUUUAGACAGGUUAACUCAUUACCGUGAAGAGUUGAAUGUAGGUCCGGGUUUCAUUAAGGAAUUGUGUUUUUCUCCCGAUGGUAGGAUAAUCUGUUCUCCAUAUGAAUGUGGAAUAAGAUUUCUCUCGUUUAACCAAGAUUGUAGUGAAAUGUCCUCCGCAACCAGUGAUAACCCACAGCCAUUACAUGAGCUUAAAGUCAUCGUGCAUCAUUCAAACCUUGUUGUAACAACUAAAUUUUCACCGAACAAUUUCAUGCUAGCAUCAGGAUGCCUUGAAGGCAAUGUCAACUUUUACCAACCAGCUUUGUAAAUUAAAUACUGUUACUUAAAGGAUAAAUUAAGCAUAGAUCCAAGUGAUCAAAAACAGAUUUUAUGAUCAGUUUUUGUUCAUAUUUAUUUGCCUCAUCGUACCAGUCAGUCUUCAAAUCGUGCUUUAAAUUGAAAAUUUGAGAGAAACAAACAACAGUCAUAAGCAGCUAUUUAAAAAAUUGGUUGUAAAUUAUCAAUAUAAAGAAUCAAUCUUGUCAUGGUAAAAAGAGGAUUCUCAUAUCUUAAUCUACUUUUAAAGUUGUUGAUUAACACUGGUUGGUUUUAAUCCUAAUUGGCAAACAUGUCCAAAAAACAUUAAAACUAAAAAUGUGAAGUCCCUAUUUUGCGCCUUUUUAUCCGUCUGAUUAACUACAAACAAUCAAGCCUGAAUCACAGAAGGAACUUAACUAAGGAUUCUCAAUUUUUCGACAAAUCUUUAUUUCGUGAUCAAAAUUUUUCGUCUCUGUCAAUGUGCAUAAUAUUGAAGCAAAUAUUUUAAAAGACAGAUGAGGCCAUAAAAUGAGCAGUUUAAACUGAAUGGUGGCGCUUAAAAUAACACCUUGAAUGUUCAGCUCUUCAUUGUAACAUUAAACGAUUUUACAUUGGAGAUGAAAAUAAAUUGUAUUUAAAUGUAUCAUAAAUUUCUUACAUCUCAUCUCUUUGUCAAUGGUCGACACAAUUGUUUUUCAAUUGCGUUUGAUUUACUCAAAAGAUGAAUUAAAAUUGCUUUAACAACUA